AUGGACAACCCGUUCGCGGACCAGGGCAUGCAGCCCAGCCACCUCCAGCGCAACAAGUCGGAGCGCAGGCGCCUCCAGCCGCUUCAGCGGUCCAACACCGUCGGCACCAUCACCUCCACACCCUACAAGCCCGAAACGUGGGUCGACAGAUGGCGUCUGUGGAUGAUCAACGAGGGCGGGAAGCGGCUCUUCUUCACCUUCUUCGUCCUUCUCCACGUCCUCGUCAUCGUCUUCGGCUUCUUGUACUACGAUACGAGUGAUGAUCUCAAAGGCGCCCGCAAGACAUUCGGUAUUACCUACCCUAUCGCGCGUUCCGCGGCGCUGGUCCUGCACGUCGAGGUGGCGUUCAUCCUGCUGCCCAUCUGCCGCAACUUCAUCUCGCUGCUCCGGCGCACGCCGCUCAACUCGUACAUCCCUUUUGACAAGAACAUCACCUUCCACAAGGCCGUCGCUUGGGGCAUCUGUCUCUUCACCUUCAUCCACAUCGCCGCGCACAUGGUCAACUUUGCGCGCCUCGCGUUCGCCGACCCGCUCGCCAAGACGCCGGGCGAACGUUUCGUCGUCUGGCUCAUCGCGAACUUCACGACGGGCCCCGGCGUUACCGGCUGGAUCAUGACCGCCUCCCUCGCCAUCAUGGUGUGGUACGCGAUCGAGAAGCGCCGCCGCGCGAACUUUGAGAAGUUCUGGUACACGCAUCACCUGUUCAUCGUCUUCUUCCUGAACUGGCAGCUGCACGGCAUGUUCUGCAUGAUCCAGCCCGACCGCGAGCCGUUCUGCACGUGGAACUCCAUCGGUGUCUUCUGGCGCUACUGGCUUACUGGCGGUGUGAUCUUCACCUUCGAGCGUAUCCUCCGUGAAGUGCGCUCCCGCCACCGGACCUACAUCUCCAAGGUCAUCCAGCACCCGUCGAACGUCAUGGAACUCCAGAUCAAGAAGGAGAAGACGACAACGCGGGCCGGACAGUACAUCUUCCUCUCCUGCCCGGAGAUCUCGUACUUCCAGUGGCACCCCUUCACGCUCACGAGCGCGCCGGAGGAAGACUACAUCUCGGUGCAUAUCCGUAUCGUCGGCGACUUCACGCGGGAGCUCGCGGCCGCGGUCGGCUGCGACUUCGACUCGAAGGAGAAGGGCGUGGAGGCCGGCGGGAAGCUCAUCGGCACGAACACGAACCCGCCCGUGAACCGCGUCCUGCCGCGCGUGAUGGUCGACGGGCCCUUCGGCUCCGCGUCCGAGGAUUUCCUCAACUACGAGACCGUCCUCCUCGUCGGUGCCGGUAUCGGCGUCACGCCGUUUGCCUCGAUCCUGAAGUCUAUCUGGUACCGCAUGAACAACCUUAACAACUCGAAGCCAACGCGGCUGUCGAAGGUCUACUUCACCUGGGUCAUCCGUGACUUUGGCAGCGCCGAAUGGUUCCACUCGCUCCUGCAGGCCAUCGAGGAGCAGGACACGCAGAACCGCAUCGAGAUCAACAUCUACCUCACCGCGAAGAUCAAGGAGGACGACAUGAACAACAUCAUUGUGCAAGACGUGGGUGCGGAGAAGGACGCCAUCACCUCGCUGCGGGCCCCGACGCACUACGGGCGCCCGAACUGGGACAGGGUCUUCAGCUCCAUCGCAGAGAAGCACCCCGAGACGGACGUCGGCGUGUUCUUCUGCGGCCCGGCCGUGCUGUCGAAGCAGCUGCACAUCUCCUGCAACAAGUACUCGACGCCGAGCGGCACCAAGUUCUUCUUCGGAAAAGAGAAUUUCUGA